AUGGAAAAGGGAAUGAAGCUGAAAGAGGAGGCUGAGAAAAGGUGGCAGGAGGCCUGGAAAGGCCAGGAGAGGGAGGAGAGAGGACAUCAAUAUGGAGAAUCUUCCCAGGGCCUAAAUAAACUCCGGGGCUGUGCUGCUUAUGGGAGCCAAAACCCCCAUCCUCCAUUUUCCUGCUCUCCUCUACAGAAACCAACUCCAGAAAACAUAGAUAUAGAUGGUGGCUUCAGUCGGGACAUUUUCGAAAUCAAUGAAGAUUUGGAACUGGAUCUUUUUGAGGGAGACAUCAAACUUGAUGGGGCACAAGAUAGAAAUUCCAUCAUUGGAGAAAAUUACAGAUGGCCUCAUACCAUUCCAUAUGUUCUAGAGGAUAGCUUGGAAAUAAAUGCUAAAGGAGUUAUCCUCCUUGCAUUUGAACGCUAUCGCCUGAAAACAUGCCUUGACUUCAAGCCCUGGACUGGAGAAAAAAACUACAUAUCAGUGUUCAAGGGCCAGGGCUGCUGGUCCUCGGUAGGAAACAAGCAGCAAGGGAGGCAGGAACUUUCCAUUGGGAAAAACUGUGACAGGAUAGGAUCAGUGCAGCACGAGCUCCUCCAUGCGCUGGGAUUUUGGCACGAGCAGUCACGUUCUGAUCGGGAUGACUAUGUCAAGAUCGUUUGGGACAGAAUUAAACCAGGCCGACAACACAAUUUUAACAUCCAUGAUGACACAAAAUCGGAUUUCCUGAAUGUUCCCUACGAUUACAUUUCUAUAAUGCACUACAGUAAAAAUGCAUUCAACAGUGGAUCAAAGCCUACGAUUUUAACAAAGAUGACAGGCUUUGAGGAUAUUAUCGGCCAACGCAUGGAUUUCAGUAACUAUGAUCUCCAAAAGCUGAAUCGACUGUAUAACUGCUCCUCUUCCUUGAGUUUUAUGGACUCAUGCAGUUUUGAACUGGAAAACGUAUGUGGAAUGAUACAAAGUACAAGAGAUAGUACUGACUGGCAGCGGGUUUCACAGAUUCCUGGUGGUCCACAGUAUGAUCAUUCUGACAUGGGAAAGUGUAAAGGUUCUGGUUUCUUCAUGCAUUUUGACAGUAGCUCUGUAAAUGUGGGGGGCACAGCAGUGCUGGAAUCUAGAACACUGUACCCUAAAAGAGGAUUUCAGUGCCUGGAAUUUUAUUUGCAUAACAGUGGAAGUGAAGGUAACCUCCUGAACAUCUACAUCAGAAAUUAUUCUGCAAACGGUGUGAAUGGCCAUUUGAACCUUGUGAAACAAAUAAAAGAAAUACCCACUGGGAACUGGCAACUUUACUAUGUAACACUGAGAAUGAGAAACAAAUUUAAACUGGUGUUUGAAGGUUUCAGAGGCUCUGGUGCAUCCUCGGGUGGUCUGUCUAUUGAUGACAUCAAUCUUUCGGAAACACACUGCCCUCAUCAUGUCUGGCACGUACGGAAAUUCAAACAGGCCAUUGCCAACAGAACUUCACGUCUACUUAGCCCUCCAUUUUAUUCUCCUAAAGGUUAUGCUUUUCAGAUUCAGUUGACUCUAAAACCACAGGCCGAUACAGGAGUAUUUUUCCACUUGAUCUCUGGAGACAAUGACAAUAAAUUACAGUGGCCAUGUCCUUGGCAACAAGUCACAGUGACACUCUUGGAUCAAAAUCCUGACAUUCGACAGCGUAUGUCCAACCAGCUGAGUAUAACUACAGACCCUUUUCUGACCAUUGAUGAUGGAAGCUAUCUUUGGGACAGGCCUUCUAGAGUGGGAACAUUGGCUCUCUACCCUAAUGGAACUCCCUAUUUCAGAAGCAGAGGCUUCGGGAGCAAAGGCUUCAUAACCCAGCAGAGGCUGAACAGCAGAGAUUUUAUAAAAGGAGAUGAUAUUUAUAUCCUACUGACAAUAGAAGACCUAUCUUACCUCGAUUCUACACAGAAUCAGCCAAUUCCGACCUCUGUCGUCAAUGACCUCUGCUCAGUAGUCACAUGUGAGAAUGGUGGCAUCUGCACCACCCAAGAUGGCAAAGCUGAGUGCAGGUGUCCCUCUGGGCAAGACUGGUGGUACAGGGGAGAAAGAUGUGAGAAGAGAGGUUCAACCCGUGACACCAUUGUCAUUGCUGUUUCUUCCACCUCUGCUGUGUUUGUCCUGAUGCUGAUGGUCACCUUCAUCAGCGUCUACUGUACCCGGAAGAGAUAUCGUCAAAGGACAAGUUCAAAUAUUGCAACUAUCACUCUGGAAAAUCAACAACAUGCUUUUUGAAGAUCAACUUAACAAUAUGGCCAGCAGAUGAAAUUAAAAAGGAUUCUUCAUCAUGGAUUUCACCUGAGAGACAUUACAACUGUUUCAUCCUUCUAAAAAUGGUUCUUUUCUACAAAUAGCUGAAUGUACUCCAAGUCAUUAUUAUUUAGGUAAAAGUCAAAUUGGCAAAGUCAGUCUCUCUCUCUCUCUCUCUCUCUCUCUCUCUCUCUCUCUCUCUCUCUCUCUCCAGGAAGCCAUUCUGGCUCCUCUGAAAGUAUCAUAUUAUUAAUAAAAGGGAAAACAAUGAUUAGAGACAGCUUUAAAGUUCCUGAUCCUUCUAUCUGGGGGUCAUGUACAUUGGUCUCACAAACGAUUCUCCAGAAACCCACAGGAAUUUCCAUGGGAAUGAUCCUCCAUGUGGAAUCUCAACAGCUUCAAUGCUGUCUCUCCAAAACUGGCUACUUUCUUGUUUUCUUGCAUAAUUCUUUGGGUACUUGCACUUGACUUAGCACCUGUUUGAACAGACCAGUACAGUCCACAAGAAACUCAAUUCUUCAGGCAGCAGUUCUCAGAGUUUUGGGAGCCAGGAGCAUUUAUACAUCUAAAAAUUACUGAGGAUCCCAAAGAGCUAUUGCUUAUAAGCUUUCCAUUGACCAGUAUUUGCCUUCUUAGAAAUUCAAAGUGGGAAAAUCUAAAACUAUGUAUUUAUUAGUCAUUAAAAAGAAUAAGCCCAUUACAU